AUGUUUGAAAAUAAUCAUUUUAUGUAUGCUGCUGUUAAUACGAGCGAUGGUGGUGGAAUUAGUUGGAGAGUACCAUUAAAUUUUUCUCCUCUUAAUAUCAGAUUUACUUAUAAAACUUUUUCAAUGUACUCUGCCUAUAUAAAUCAAACAGAUAGAACGACUUUACAAAUUGGAAUAGUAGACAGAACAACAGGAAGUAUUGAAAAAGUUGUUGGAACUGUUUCUAAUCAAACUAAUUUAUUAUUUACUCAAUUUUCGGCAUUUGAUAUAGCUAAUAGUUUAUAUUAUACAUCAAAUAUAAUGACUGUGCCUUAUUCUAAUGGAAUAUCUUAUCUUAAUGUGAAUACAUCAGAAACAAAGAGAAUUUCUUUACCAGAAAGUAACUACAAAUUCUAUGCAUGGUUUAUUAAGCAAUUUGUUCCAUAA